CAUAUUUUUGAUGCUUCAGGGGUUUUUUUUUUUCAGUAAAGAAAUGCAUAUAUAAAUACGUCCAUUUUUACUUUCUUUUUACAGAAAAAGGAUCAGCUGCACUAGAAAGAGUAGAAAUUUGACAAGGGUUGGAAAAACAGUAAGAUCAAGUCAUUAUGACGACUGUAGUUGUGCAGCAGCCUCUCGGCAAGGCUGGAAUGGAAGCUUGGAAUUCAGGAAUAUGUGACUGUUGCCAGGACUUGAAUUCUUGCUGCUAUGCAUACUGGUGCUUUCCUUGCUUUACCUGCUCCACCACAGGAGAUUUUGGAGAGAGCACCUGUCUUCCUCUAUUGGACAUACUCGGCCCAGCUCUCAUGGCCGCAUUUGGAAUUGGUGUAUGUGUUCCGCCUGUGGGUCUGGCAAUGAGGGUGGCAGUUCGCUACAAGUAUCAUAUUGGGGGCAGUCUUUGUGAGGACAUCAUGGUGACUUGCUGUUGUAUCUGGUGUUCUUGGUGUCAGAUGAGUAGAGAAAUCAAAGCACGCAAAAAAGUUAUCCGAAUAGUGCAAAGAAAUCCUAUGAUGCAACCAGUUCCAAUGGCAGUCAACCCACAAGUUUUCGCUAUGCAGCAGCCGAGAGUGAUCGGCGCCGCACCGGUAGGAGCUGUUCCUGCAGUCCAGACGGCACCAAUUAAGACUGGUGUCAUGCCAGCUCCUAUGUAGAAGUUCCCCUUAGGUCUGCCACAUGCAUCUCACAUUAAUAAUGUCAUAAGUGAUCCAUAGUGUAAUAGCUAACCUGUUUAAUCAAUGAUUUUGUGUGAAUGGAAUGAAUUGGGUGCAUUUGGAAAAUAUGUUUUAUAUAGUUUUUAUUUUUUUGUAUUUCUUUUUCUCUUGUCCGAUUUAGGGAAUCAGACUUAUUCAAUUUUUUAUUUUUUUUUAAUGAGUAAAUUGUUACAGAAGUCUUCUUUUCUUCAACACUGAUGAUCCUUGAUGAAGUAUUUUAAAGUGAUUUUGUCUGUUAAUAACUUUGAGUCUUACAUGUAGCAGACAUGAGCACAACUUUGAAGAAAACCGAUGAACUGUUUAUAGGAAUAAAUACAGUUAUAUGUGGCUCACA